AUAUGCUCCGAGUAGAACAGUAUUGAUUUUACUAUAAGCAGUUCCGGUCUUCGUGGAGAUUCUCGGGCUACAGCAUUAGAGAACUACAUACGUUUAUAUGCUAGACAUGCGGAAUGUAGGAGCUUACUACUUUCCGGAGCUCUUGACAGAUCUACCAGACUUGAAAAACCCUCACCACUGUAGACUGAAGAUGGGCGCAAGCCAGUCCUUUCCUAUUCUUCCGCAUCAUCCCUACCUAGCUCUUAUUCGACCGCGCAUGUCGUUUCCAACUGAUAUCUUUGGUCUAUUCCAGCCUGCAACCUUUGGACCAGCCACACCUGACAUAUGGGAACGUCUUCUUCGAGUAGAUGACACCUCACAGUGCUAUAUUGACCGUGUUCUGUUUUUACAAGAAACACGAGUUCUUGUUGAUUUACGUCCAUCAUCCGACAGACACUGCGAAAGCAUUGUUGGUUGUUGACCGUUCACAUGCGGUUGUACGAGCGACCAACUUGUAUUUUCGUCCUCUUGCCCCAGGAUCGGGUAUAUUUUCGCCGUCAAUCGCCGACUGUCCUGCGCAAGACCGUGUCUACGUCACCAGAGAAGACAAUAAAGCGGAAGUCACUAGACAGUACAAAGCAUAUACGACGCUAUGCCGACUCACCUUUCCUCCCCCCUGUAAUAUCACUGGAAAUCAUUUACCACCUUCUGUUCAGCAGCU